UAGUAAUCUUAUCACGUCACAAACACGACAACUCGUUCUCUAUUUAAAUCGUAGAGUACGAAAUUGGAUAUAACACAAACCUCUAAUGAAUGCGAAUAAUUCAUUGUUAACCGAGUUAGAAACGUGUGUGCAUUCAUCUAGAUAACAAAACGAUGCCCCAGCAAGAGAUAUUGGAAGAUCUGAAAAUCUUCACCGAUGUAAUAAUGAAAGAUGAGGGUAUCUCCCAAUACGAAUACCACGUAGAAGGCCAGACAGAAAAAGGCCUAAACUACGCCGGCGAAAUAGUUUUCUUCAGUGUGACACCAAAAACAGGCGACAAACAAUAUCAUUUCGUGAUGAAAACCUCGAGAAGAUCCAAGAAGAUGAGAGAAGCUUUAGGGGAUGGUAUUUUGGACAUACGUGAGACGCACGUGUAUUCCAAAGUGUUUCCAGCUCUACUCCAACUACUCACAGAGUCAAAUUCAGAAUAUAAGCUGGAAAAUGUAGCGAAAAUAUAUCUGAUCAACAGGGAGUACCAACAUGAAACGAUGAUAAUGGGAGACUUGAGGAAGGAAGGUUACAGGCUUUGGAACAAGAGGAAACCAAUGAACUUGGAGCAUAUCAAAACAGUUUUGAGCAACUACGGUAAAUAUCACGCAUCAAGCAUGGCUUUGCGUGUGAGGAAACCAGAGGUUUUCAAAGAGUUAACCAGCGACAUGGAGAAUAUGUUCAAACAUUUCUUAAACGACGAAGAAAUAAGAAAACUGUUUCGGGAGUAUGUGGAAGAUGCCCUGAAUGUUUUGAAAGAGUCUGGACUGGAUGAUAUCUUCGAGAAAUUGAAAGACUUGCCGGUUAAUGUCUUGGAGGUGCUUUCUAAGACUGUUGAGGUUGAAGACAGGGUUAUCAUCACGCACGGAGAUUGUUGGAUUAACAAUAUGAUGUUCAAGUAUGAGAGCUCAGAAAGCCUUGAACCCCUAGGCAUUUGUUUCUUGGACUUUCAACUCUCUGCCCUGGGUUCCCCAGCAUCAGAUUUAAGCUACUACCUAUACACCUCAUGUGACGAAGACACCAUAACCAACCAAUUCGACCAACUGCUACAGUUCUACUACGAUUCCCUAGCUUCAACAUUGAGAAACCUAGGUCUGAACCCAGAUGAAAUUUUCACCUACCAGAAGCUGAGACAACACUGGAAAAAAUACGCAGUUUUCGGACUGAUUAUGGCAAGUCAAGUCAUCAAAAUUCAGCUGACAAACCAGGAAGAAGCGCCCAGUUUCACUGACUUUGGAAGUGGACCAGAUCUCAGUUCAUUCAAAAUUGGUGAUAUCGAGGAUAAUGACACUUACAAGAGCAGGAUUAUUGCUGUGUUUGAAAAUUAUUCCAAAACUUGUUUGUAGUGAAUUAAGCCGAUUUAUAACCCAUUGUUCAUGUGGUGUUUAUUUGCGAGAGGUUCUUUGUGAUGAAUACCGUAAAUAUCAUCAGUUUAUUUUAUUUGGCUACGGCAGACGUUCUUGGGAAAUCAAAAUCAACAUGACUUUCGAAAAAAUGCCUAUUGGAGAUUUUGAAUAUCUGAAAAUGCUCAAUUUACUCAAAUUUCAAAGUUUCAAAGCUUAAUGAAACUCAGAAACAUUGUUUUCCUCCAUUGAGGGGCAACAGCUUCAUGAAAAAAAUUAAUUUCAUCUGAAUUCAAAGUAGGGUUGAGGUUCUUCACGUCGAAUCAAUUUGCAUGCAAGAAAACCAUUCAAAUAUUUAAGAUUUCUUUAUUCCUUCACUAUUAAUAUUGUGUAUAACUCACGAAUAGUUUCCUGUAGGUAUUUAACUUUGAUUAUUCUUCACCUAUACAUUGUUAAUAAAAUUUUCUGAUACCUAACAUUAAUCAUAGUGGUCAAUAGAUAAAUACUGCAAUGUA